GGUCAGGCUCUUAAAAUGUUGAAGAGAGGCAACCAGUGUUUGACAUGCUUUAGAGGAAGACAUGACACACGCAACGGACGUCGAUCGACAAUUAAAGACAUAAGAAUAUUUAUAAGUUAGAUAUUUGAACGCGAUGCGGUCACGCGGAACUUUAACAUUUUUUGAGUGACUCAGUGACGAUUUCGGAUUUGUUUCUUAAGAGUUAUUAGCGGGAAAGAUAAUCAAAAAUGGCUUCUAGGUUGGGUUUAUCAGGUUUCCCCGUCAACUCCAGUACCCCAAUAAACCCCAGCAUGAACCCCAUGAACCCGGGUCACAGCAGCGCCAUGAGAAUGUCAGCAAUGCCGCAGAACUCACCCUACAGAGGGAUGGGCAGCACCCCGAACCAGUACCUCCAACGCCCGAGUAUGUCACCCAGCCGAGGAAUGCCAAUGGGGGGCAUGGGGUCUAUGGGUUCCCCUCUACCUGGACCGUCUUAUAGUGGAGCCAUGCCCAUGCGACCUGGGAUGCCUCAAGCCGCGAUGGACCCAGCCCGGAAGAGACUCCUUCAGCAGCAACAGCAGCAGUCCGGGGGUCUUAUGGGUCCAAGAAGGGGGGUGAAGAGGCGUAAGAUGGCUGACAAAGUCCUCCCACAAAGGAUCAGGGAUCUGGUCCCAGAGUCUCAGGCUUAUAUGGACCUUCUGGCUUUUGAGAGAAAGCUGGACCAGACCAUUGCUCGCAAACGAAUGGAGAUACAGGAAGCCAUCAAAAAGCCCAUCACGGUAGAUGUGCAAAAACGUAAACUGAGGAUCUACAUUUCUAAUACCUACACACCUGGCAAGCCAGAAGGUGAGGAGGCUGAAAAAGUGGCAUCAUGGGAACUUCGAGUGGAAGGCAAACUCCUGGAGGAUCCUGGGAAACAGAAACGAAAGUUUUCAUCUUUCUUUAAAAGCCUUGUCAUUGAACUGGACAAAGAACUGUAUGGCCCAGACAACCAUUUGGUGGAGUGGCACAGAAUGCCUACAACUCAGGAGACAGAUGGAUUUCAGGUGAAGAGACCAGGGGAUGUGAACGUGAAAUGUACUCUCCUUCUCAUGCUAGACCACCAGCCUCCGCAGUAUAAGCUGGAUCCACGCCUGGCUCGACUGUUGGGUGUCCACACUCAGACCAGAGCCAGCAUCAUGCAGGCCCUGUGGCUUUACAUCAAAAGCAACAAGCUACAAGACUGCCAUGAGAAAGAGUACAUUAUCUGCAACCGAUACUUCAGACAGAUUUUUGGCUGCCCUAGGAUGAGAUUUUCGGAUAUCCCCAUGAAACUUGCCGGCCUCCUUCAGCACCCCGACCCCAUCAUCAUCAAUCAUAUCAUCAGUGUGGAUCCCAAUGAUCAGAAGAAGACUGCAUGCUUUGAUAUCGAUGUUGAGGUGGACGACCCUCUGAAGGCUCAGAUGACCAGCUUCCUGUCAUCCACAACUAGUCAACAGGAGAUCACUGCCCUGGAGAUGAAGAUCCAUGAGACUAUUGAAUCCAUCAACCAGUUGAAGACCCAGAGAGACUUCAUGCUCAGCUUCAGUAACAACCCGCAGGACUUCAUCCAGGACUGGCUCAAGUCUCAGAGCCGAGACCUCAAAUUAAUGACAGACACUGUGGGUAAUCCAGAGGAGGAGAGAAAAACUGAGUUUUACCACUCACCCUGGGUCAAAGAAGCUGUUGGACGUUAUAUUUUUUCAAAGGUCCAGCAGAGGAGACAGGAAUUGGAACAGGUACUGGGAAUCCGACUCACUUAAGAAGAUUCAGGCUACAAAUCUACAGUCACCCGAGAAAUUGGCUCAACAAAUAAAAUUGAGAAUGAAGCUUUCUGUUUGAAAACCAGUGGAGGAACUUUAUGUAUAAGUUUUGGGUGCUGGCAUUGUUUGGUAUGUUGCACUUGUCAUAAACAGCUUGUCAGUAGCAGCUUAUGUACCAUUACACACAUCUGGAUAUAUAUACAUUUCGAAUGCUUUUUCAGUAACUGGAACACUUCAGUACAUAUCCCCUUUGCAUUCAUUCUCUGGUCUUCUCUUAUAUAUUCUGAAAAUGAGCCAUCCAGUUUACGUUCCUCUUCAUUCAGUUUGUUGACAUAAUCAUCUUUGCUUUUAUUGUAUCUUGUUAAAUACGGCUCUCUUAUCAUAUUUUACAGUAUGAUAUACAGUACUGUAGCUUAUUGGCUAACACCCUUAUAGGUAACUGAUGCAACAAAGCUUUUUGUUUUUGUAGUAGGAAUUGCCGAAAUCAGUCUACAUUUGCCAUUCCAUUUUUGAAAGGUUUCUAAUUGUGACCACAAAGGCUAUUUUCACAAUUUAAUUGCACAUUUUUUGAGUUAAGAUGCAGUUAGUUAUAGUUAAGAAGAUUAGUAAUGAAAAUGCAGUGUUUUUCUUCGAUUUUCAAUAUAGUGGAUUUUUUCCAUUUGGUCUCUCAGGAAAAUGUGCUACACUGCGUUCAAGAGCCAUGAUUUUGUGUUUCCACCCGAACAGGAAAUCCAGCACAUUUGGUUGUCCAGCUGUUUUAGUUCAGUGUACCAGACUUUCUGUCUUCAUUUUAGUGUUUACAAAGGUUUUUUUUUUUGUAUUUAGUGUUUAAAGGUUGCUGGAGUGGCAGAGACCAUACAGCAGUGACCGAAUAGUUGAAAGAUAGUGCUUUAGGUGUGAAAACCUUUUUUUUUUUUUUUCAGGUAUUCAAAGCCAUAUUUUUUACUUUCUAUUAAGUAGUUCAGUUCAGUUUGUACUUAUACAUUCCAAACAGCCGAUGGAAAGUCUCUGUUUAAGAUUUAAUAUGUGGUUGUUCAUAUUGGUGUAGUCAUUCGUGUUUUUAAGUAUUGCUGACAGCAAGUUGAAUUUUCCAUAAAGGAAUAUAGCAGGUUCAAGUUAAGGUCUAUGUGAUUGCCACAGAAAAUACUUUUGACUUUUCAGUUCAUAAAGUGGUCAAAAACAAAAAAUUUAUGUUAUGUACUUCAAAUGAAAUUCUGACUUAAAUGCAUCUCUGGGGGACAAGUUGAAACAAUUUUGUGUUAAUCGACAACAUGUCACAGAUGUUGUCCAUAGAGCUGAACUCUGAAAGUUUUCCUCUCAAUGGUUUAAUUUUGUUUAUAACUGAAUUUCUCAGACAGUAUUAAUGCUGAUCUGAAAUGCAACCUUUGAUUUACUUUCGAGUGGGUUAAGCCUUUUUUAUAAUAAAUGCAAUUAAGUAAAUGCAAUUAAGUUCUUACAACUUAAGUUCUGUGUUAUAUUUUUGUAUCAAUCAAAUGCUUACCUUUUGUACUUUUUUACUGGGAAAUUUAAGAAUUUUAAACAAUAAAGUUGUUUCCAUAAAGGGGAA